AUGGCCCACUCUGGAGGAAAUGCGUCUCCUACAGCCUCUAGCACUGACCGACCAGAGCGUUCUCGUAACGCGAAGGCACAGGCUCGCCACCGCGCCAAGCGCAAGGCCUACAUCGAGCAGCUCGAGCAGACCGUGACCAAACUCCAGACUGUCCUCGCUCUCUCCCCAGAGCAGGUCGCAGCCCUGCCACCGCCGUCGAUUCGCAUUCGACAACUCGAGCAGGAGAACGAGAAGCUUCUGCACGAAAACAACGAGCUCCGGCGGCAACUUCAGAUGACGGGCCGACGGGCCUCCAUGCUCGACGACAUCGACCGCCGCGGGUCACUACAUUCGAUAUCAUCCAACGACGGCUACGGACGCGAAACCAAAAAGCGGAGGAUGUCGGACGAGGAUGUUUACAUCGUGAGUGGACCCAGUGCGCUUCCGAUCUGGUUGGCUGUUAACAUGUUGUUCGGUCCUGCGUGUCAGAGCCCACGAGAGACGCCCACGCCGCCAUCAACGGAAGCGCUCGCGCCACCGCAUCAAUUCCCUCCCAUCAACCACUCUUCCUACAUGUCCUCGUCAACGCCACAGACGUCUUCCUACAACUCGCAGCUUCUUCCUUCCAAUGGUGUCCAUAGCUUCCCCGGCUAUGCGAGUCUCCCUUCUGUCCACACCUCGGCGACGUCGAGCCCUACCACAUACUCGGCAAGUAUCAAUUUCCUCCAAAGACCACAACCAGGCCAGGCGUCAACUCCGCAGUCCCAGCACUACGCUUCAAACGGCCAAACUCUUCAGCAGUCGCGAGCGUCGCAUCAACUGGGGAACGGUCAGGUGUUGGGGUCUCAACAGAGCUCACAUACCUAUGGGAUUGUGAAGGUGGAGGAAGACGCGUAUAUUUCUCCUACGCAUGAACAUGCACAACAUCUAGCUUAUAAUACUCCCGCCAUCUCUCCAUACACUACCCACGCUCACGCCCAUGCGCCUGAGCUAAACUCUUGGCAGCACACCUACUCCUCAGACCGGACGCAAAUUCAUGCCUAG